AUGUCAAAGGCAAAAGUUUCCGCAGAAUGGAGAAAACGCGUGAAAUCGGAAUACAUGCGAUUGAGACAAAUAAAAAGGUAUAAACGUGCGGACGAAGUGAAAAUUGCUUGGAAUCAGAAUCGUAAGGUUAUGACUGAAUUACUUAUAACCGAACAAAAACGAUGGGCGGAUGGAAAAGCAAUGUGGCUUGCUAUGCAUGACAUUCCACCUCAUGUAUCUUGCAUGAAAAAAGCAGAGGUGACCAGUUCAGACGGAGAAGUACAAACAUGUCCUGUUAAAAUAAUAAAUGCAGUUACUCCUAUACCUACGAUGUAUACAUGGGCACCAAUACAACAGAAUUUUAUGGUAGAAGAUGAAACUGUUUUACACAAUAUUCCUUACAUGGGAGAUGAAAUCUUAGAUCAGGAUGGAACUUUUAUCGAAGAACUUAUUAAGAAUUAUGACGGAAAGGUACACGGAGAUAGGGUAUCUGGUUUUAUGGAUGAUUCUAUUUUUGUCGAUUUAGUAAAUGCUUUGGCUAAUUAUGAAAAGGACGAUAAAGAAAAGGAACAUACUAAAAAAGGGAAAGAAUCUAAAGAAAAAGAAGAUCAAAAGGAUGAUGACAAAGAUAAUAAGGACGAUGAUAAAGGAGAAAUAUUAUUGGAAAAGCCAAUAGAAGAUUCAAAAGUUCAAGCUACACCAUUCCCAUCUAUGCACAUAUUUAAUGCAAUAUCUAGCAUGUUUCCCGAUAAAGGCAGACCCGAAGAAUUAAAAGAAAAAUACAUUGAACUAACAGAAAGAUCAGAUCCAAAUGUAUUGCCACCAGAAUGUACUCCUAACAUCGAUGGUGUAAAUGCAAAAAGUGUACCAAGAGAGCAGACUAUGCAUUCGUUUCACACGCUCUUCUGUAGAAGAUGCUUCAAAUAUGACUGCUUCUUACAUCCAGCCAGGGGGACCUCGCCGCAAGGUCUUCAAGUCUGCCAUCCAGGACCAAAUUUACUCAAACGAAAAGGUCCGGACUUGAGGCCAUUUUCUGAACCAUGUGGAACAGAAUGUUAUAUGCAUUUGGAAGGUAUGAAAGAAAAACUUGCUGCUCAAGCAGCCGAUAUAAAAGAAGAUGAAGGAGAUGAGAAAAGAGGUGGUCCUAGAAAAGUAAGAAAACAGGCAAGCGUUGAUUCUGGAAAUGAAGCAAGCAGCGAAGACAGCAAUGACAGUAAUAAAUACAGUCAAGGUGGUUGCUGUCAAGAUUUCAAGCAAAAUGUUAAUAAAGAAGUUAAGCCCGAAGAAAUGAUGGAGGAUCAAGCUCAGCCAGAAAAUCAAGCUCCUUUCACUUUGUUAGGUCUUGAUAAACGAAUCAAGACGGAAAGCGAGUUAUCAUGGACUGGCUCUGAACAAAGUCUUUUCAGAGCAUUACAUAAAGCUUUUCCUGGUAAUCCAUGCGCAUUAGCACAAAUUAUGUUAACUAAAACUUGUCAGGAGGUAUAUCAAUUCGCUCAAAAGGAAGCUUCAGACAUUCCAGCUGUAGAACAUUUAAAAGAUUUUACACCGCCACGAAAGAAGAAGAAGAAACAUAGACUUUGGUCGAUGCAUUGCAGAAAGAUACAAUUGAAAAAAGAUUCUGGUGCCAAUCAUGUCCACAACUUCGCACCGUGCGAUCAUCCUGGCCGUCAAUGCGAUAAUUCUUGUCCAUGUAUACAGGCGCAAAACUUCUGCGAAAAGUUCUGUCAAUGCAGCAGUGAAUGUCAGAAUCGAUUUCCUGGCUGUAGAUGCAAAGCUCAAUGUAAUACAAAACAAUGUCCUUGCUAUCUAGCAGUAAGGGAAUGUGAUCCUGAUCUAUGUCAAACGUGCGGAGCAGAUCAAUUUCAAAUUACUAAAAUAUCAUGUAAAAAUGUCAGCGUUCAACGUGGCCUUCAUAAACAUCUUUUAAUGGCACCAUCCGAUGUGGCCGGUUGGGGAAUCUUUUUAAAAGAAUCCGCAGCCAAGAAUGAAUUCAUUUCUGAAUAUUGUGGAGAAAUUAUAAGCCAAGAUGAAGCCGAUAGAAGGGGAAAAGUAUAUGACAAAUAUAUGUGCAGUUUUCUAUUCAAUUUAAACAAUGACUUUGUAGUCGAUGCAACGCGCAAAGGAAACAAAAUAAGAUUCGCAAAUCAUUCGAUAAAUCCUAAUUGUUAUGCCAAAGUUAUGAUGGUUAAUGGCGAUCAUAGAAUAGGAAUUUUUGCAAAAAGAGCUAUUCAGCCUGGGGAAGAAUUGUUUUUUGAUUACAGAUAUGGUCCGACUGAACAACUCAAAUUUGUUGGUAUUGAACGUGAAAUGGAAUUUCUUUAAAAUGAAACGAUUUUCUUUAAAACUUAGAUACAUGCAUCUAUAAGUUCCUUUUUUAAUUCAAGUUAAUUGAAAAACAAAAAAGAAAAGAGAGAAACUUAUUCCAUUAUUAUAAAAAUCGACAGUAUUUGAAUAUCGAUAGACUAUCAAUCUGCCUUGUGCAUAUCAAAUAGUUUUUGAAAUGAAGAAAAAAA